AAAAAAAGAUGAACUGGAACAGCCUUGUGUUGUGUAACCUACUUCUAGAGUUUUGCAUAUCCGCAAACUUUGCCUUCAUUUCCGGCACUGGCUGGGUUUAUAAGAUUGUAUCCCAAACGAGGCUCUUUCCGUUCUAUAGUGCACUACAAAAGUCGUAGAAAGCCGUUUGUUUAUGUUUGAGUUAGUGCGCCUACACAGGGAGUAGGAUUCUUUUUGGAAUUCGGCCCACGUUUAAGGCUCUUUGUUGACUUGAGCACACUCCACCAGUCGUGCACACAAUCUAGUCCAGUCUAAAAGUUAAUUAUGCAGGACAGAGAAACUUCAAGUUUAUCCAAAUUCGCUUUCUUGUUGUGAAGUCGCCAUUUUAAAGUAUUAUUUAUAGCGUUCACAUCUGCUCGUGCGUUGACACACUGGCUGAACGGUGUACAUAAAUAGUACUGCGGCUGUUGAAGGGUUUAUUUCAUUCCCUGAUGUAGGACACUUGGGUUCAGUAGGGGGUUUGGGAUAGAGCUCUUAAAUACCUCCGGUUUCCAGCAGACUUGAUGUUAAGACAAACUUUUACCUUUUUUGGUCAUUUUGUGGGAGCUGGGACGAGAUGGGAAGUGAAGGGCGUUAAAGGCAGUGUUCUGACAGAUUAACAGACAGAAUAACGUUGAGGCACUCAGGCCUGUUCGUUUCCUUUAACUCCUGAUUCAUUAUCAUAUCAGUGAACAAAGCGCUUUGUCAUUCAGCAUUCAGUUGCUGAACAGAGCCAUCAGGGGGCGAUGGCUGACAACAGCAGCACUAAUGGCAACAGUUGGACCAUUCUUGCUCCAGAGGUAAAGGAGUCUGGAGUAGAGAGCAUGGGUCCUCUGUCUGAAGGUCAGGGAGAAGUGCAUGCAGCUCCCACACAAUCAUCAGCGCUCUCGGACAGUCCCGCAGAGCAAACUCACCCUCCUGAUCCUCCACAGGUGACGCCACUAGAGAGCAGUGAAACCGCAGCUGUUUUACACAGUACCUCUGUGAAGCAGGACACUGCGUCCAGCAUCCCUGCUCAUGUUGAAAACCUGACCUCCUUGACCACUGACCUUGAAGAGCCAGGAGCCUCUGGUGACGGCUUUGAAAGCCAACCGCUUAUUGAUACAGAAUCAUUCUCUGACUCUUACACACACAUCAGCCCUUCACCCGUGUCCGCAUCACUCCCUGGAGCCUCAGAAGAAGAAGAAGAAGAGGGGCUUUCACACGGGGAAGAGAAGGGUGAGCCGAGGAAGACUCUGAGAGAAGAGUGUAAGCCAGAAGAGAAGGCAAACGAGGGUGAUGGUCUAAGGAGGAGGAAUCUCUCUGUCCUGACCCCUUUGUACCAUCGAGAGGACGAGGAGGAGGAGGAGGGUGAGGAAGAGCAGUUCAGACAUCCACAGAGAGAAGGAGAAGGAGACAUCGGGUUCAGCUUGAACAAGUGCAUUUUUGGAGCGCUCAUCCUUCUAGGCCUGGGCACCUUAUUCUUUUCUGGUGUUCUCAUGGAUCUGGAUGAUGAAGGAGAUGCAGAUGCCAAGGAUGUGAACUAUCCAGAUGUAAAAAAGGAGUGGUUGAAUCCUGAUGCUCAAGGAGAUGCACCUGGAGGUGUCCAGCCACCAGAAAUACUGGACAAAAUGGCCAAGGAGAACCAGCAAAUUGCAAGCUUACAGGCAAGGCUUCAGGAACAGGAAGUGGAAUUAAAGGCUGCACAACUGCAAGCGGAGGAAGGCACCAAGGAGAGACUGAGGAGGGAGGAGCUGGAAGCAGAAAACCAGAGGAUGAGAGGAGAGUUGGAUAAACUGCCUGCCCUUCAGAAAGAGUACGAGCAAGAGAGUGAAAGGGUAAAGAGAGAGAGUGAGAGAGUAAAUAAGGAGCUUGAAGCACUUCCAGCUAUGCAGGAAGAGCUGGAUCGUCUAAAAGAGAAAGUUACGGAGCUCACUCAGAGUACAGUGAUUGUGCAAGCUGUGACGCCCUCUGCUGGACAUGAAGAGAUGCCUAGUAGUCAGGAGAGGAAAGAGAGAAAGGAUAAAAAAGCUUGGGAUAAAGAGAGGAAAGAGAAAGAAAUUAAGACAGAAAAGAAAGAAUGGAAGAAGGACAAGAACAUAAAGGUAGAUGAGCAAGAAGGCAAGGGAAAAAGCACAAAGGACCAUAAAGAGUGGGAGAAAGAAGAAGUCAAGAAAGGGAGGCGUAAGGGAGAAGGGAAAAACGGGCAAAAAGACCACAAGCAAGAGGAUGCCCAAAGUUGGAAGCUUGUUGAUGAAAAAAGAGAGCUUAGGGAAAGGACUGGGAAAAAAGAGAGGAAGGAAGAUAAAAAGUGGGAAAAGGAGAAACAUGGAGAAUUUGUUGACCGAAGGUGGGAAAAACGAGAGAAAGGAAAAGAAGAUAAGGAAUGGAAGCAAAAGAGUGGGCAAAAAGACUGGAAAGAAGAGAAAGAAUGGAAGAGGGGUAAGCAAGCUAGUCAGGAUGAAGUACGGAAAGAGACGAGUGAAAAAAAAAAGGAUUGGAAAGAGAGAAAGGAAUGGGGUGAUGACAAAGAGAGAGGAGCAUCAGGUGAUGAAAAGUACAGCGAUAAAAGCCCAAAGGAGAAAACUAGGAAAGGCAAGAAAGAUCAUCACGACGGAAACAGUGAAAGAAAAGAAAGGGAGGGGAAGCAUCGGGGUGGGAAACAGAAAGACAAGCCUAAAAGUGGAGAGAGAGCAGAAGGAUGGAAGGAGGAGAAAAAAUACAAAGACAAGAACCAUAAAAAAGAGGAAAAGCUGAGCAAAAAAGGCAAACAUGAAGCAUCGCACCAUUCAUACAGUGACAGACAGCACAGCAAAGACCACGUGCACGUCGACUACUGGGCCGAACAGAGGGAGAAGAUCCGUCACUAUUACGGCUCGACAGAAGGGUGCGCAGACGUGACAGCUUGUGCACACGAGGAGGGGCUUGCUCCUGUUUCGCAACGGGCAUUUGAGGCGUUCCUCGCGGGCUAUUUGACGAAACUUCUAGGACCCAAGGACCAAACUUCCAGAAAAGAGGAACUGAGCAAGCUGAUCGGCGAGUUCUUCACUGGCGGAGUCUUCGUCCAUGACCAGAUACCAUUCAGCGAGUUUGUGGAGGAUGUGGAGGACAUUUUGGAAGACAUGGCAGAUGGAGAUGACGAUGAUGAUGAUGAUGAUGAUGAUGAUGAUGAUGAUGAUCAGCUAGAGAAUGAGAUGAAGGGAUUUGCAGCAGAGGCAAUGGGGAAAUUUGUGCUUCGGGAAAAAGAGGGGAAUGAAGUGAAAAGAGGGGGAAGUGGAAGGAAAAGGGGUAAAGCGGCGAAGGGUUAGCAAUAUAGACAAGAUCUUGAUUAAAGUAUGUUGUGUAGUUCUUCCUCUGAAGUGUAAAGUAAUAUGAGGGUUCCACAUUUACAUGCACCUGUUUGAUUCAAAACAAGGAAGUCUAAGCACUGCUACUGUACAACUGUUUCCAAGCUGUAAAUGUGAGAGAGAGAGAGUGUGUGUGUGUGAGAGAGAGAGAGAGAGAGAGAGAGAGAGAGAGAGAGAGAGUGAGAAAUGAGACACUUCCUGUUAUUGACUGAGUGGUCCAAUACUUUGAGUUGUUUUUUCUUUUUUUUUUUUAGGUUUUAGUCUGUUAUUGCCCAUAAACAUGAAUCUGUCAACCACGUAAAAUAGAACAAGCUUUAAUAUAGGUUAGCUUUUUCAUUGCAGAGAUAGGGUUGCUUUGCUAUUGCUUCACGGAAUGUACACUGUGUGGCUAAAUGUUUGUGGACACUUCAUUAUAACACACAUGUGCUUGUUAAACAUCCCAUUCCAGAUUUAGUCCCUCCCCCCUUUGAUGUUAUAAUCACCUCUGCUCUUCGGGAAAGGCUUUCCAAUAGAUUUUGGAGCAUGGCUGUGGGGAUUUGUGCUCAUUUGUGUGCACAUAUGCAUUAGUGAUGUUGGCCAUUGAUGUCAGGCGAGAAGGCCUGGGGUGCAGUCGGCAUUCCAGUUCAUCCCAAAAGUGUUCAGUGGAUUUGAGGUCAGGUCUCUAUAAAGGUCACUGAACGUUUUUCACACCAAUCUUGGCAAACCAUGUCUUCAUGGAGCUCGCUUUGUGCACAGGGGCAUCGUCGUGCCAGAUCAGGUUUGGUCCCUUUAGUUCCAGUGAAGGGAAAUUGUAAUUCUACAGCGUACGAAGACAUUUUAUACAAGUGCGUGUUUCCAACUUUUUGGGAAUAACCACAUGUGGGUGUGAUGGUCAGGUGUCCACAUAUUUUUGACCAUAUGGUGUAUAUUCAUCCAUAGACUGGGUUAGUGUGUAAGAGUAUGCAGCAUUUUAAAAAGUCAGACUCUUACAUAUAAGUUUAUAAAAAAUUUUCUGCAUGUAGUUUUUCGUCCCUGCAGUGCUCAGAUUUCUUUACAGUGUACUAUAAUAUUUUUUUUUUCCGAUUUUGGUACAUGUGUUUUGCUUAUUUAUUAAUUUUGUUUCUGUGGGAAGCUCUUGUGGAAGCUUUGUGUUUAAAGUUUGAGAUGUGUUGAGAAAGUAAGGAAUUAAUAUUCUUACACCCAACCAGUUCAUAUUUUAUAGGGUAGACUUGCACUGUCAGCAAAGCUUUUUACACUUUGUACAUUACGGAUUGUUUUACAGAUGUAAAAAAAAAAAAUAAAUAAAAUAUUGUCACGUGGUACAACAUAUUUAAAUAUUCGUCCACGUAUAGGACAUAAAACGUCCAUCUUGCAGUAAUUAUUUGCAUUACAAAACUGUAUGAAGGUUUUCAUUUGAAAAGUCUUACAGUGAUAAUUACUCAUAAGAAGUGUAUGUAAAACUGGCACAGAGCUGAACAAUAACUUGUAUUUUAGUACAUACAGUUAAGAUAUUCAUGGUACUGUUUAGAUACUUGCAUUAUGCAAUAAGUUAAUAAGUACGAUGAGUACUAUGGAUAAUGCUAAAAUCUCUGCGCUUGGAAAUAGAAUCAGGGAGCAGAAUAAACCGUCUUUAUUGUAGUGGGGUUUUUUUUGUUUUUUGUUUGUUUGUUUUUGUUUUUUUGUUUUUUUACGAAAUCCGUCAAACCAAACGGCUAUUUUAAAAUAGCAACGUGCUAUUUUUCAGUUCUGCUUACUCUGUGGUCUUGCUGAAUGCUAACUUGUGAAAAGUUACACCUUGCACCUUUUCAUUUUUCACAUUUCAACUAAUAAAGCCAAAUUUACCCAAA